AUGAAGUCUCACGGAAAACAAAUACAGGAUCUGUUCGACGGUGAUCCGGGCAUCGAAUACCAUCAAGACUACCAAGCAGGCAUAUCGCCUUCGUACACACGCAUAGGCGUCAUACUCCCCAUCCUACUGUGCUGUAUCCCUAUCGUGUAUCAAGUUCUCCAGAUCCUCGACUACGAUCUCCUGCCUCUCCCGGAGCUGCUCUGGAACUGCAUCGUAUACCUCACACCCACACGAUUUCUUGAUGCUAUCGAGAACUACCAAAACCCGCUGCGAAUCUCGAAUCCGGCGCUGAAACACAUUCCCCGGACUCAUGCCGCAAAGAGCGAAGCCAUGCGGCGCAUACUGGGGCUGGAUGUACCAGGCGGGAUCAUCGGAACCGUAGCACAGGCUUCGAGAAGGCGUUUAUCCACGUUGCCCGGUAUUAAUAUCGUAUCUGGUGGGUCGGAUGGACGGCCUGCGGGAUUGGGAAAUUGGGAUAAUUCAUGUUAUCAGAACAGCGUCCUCCAAGGGCUGGCGUCGCUGAACUCGCUUUCAGGAUAUCUCACCCAUCCGGCUUUUGAGAAAAAAGGACCCGAGGAAUCGAAUAUGAACAUGGCAGAGGCGUUGAGGAGCUUGAUCUCUACGCUUAAUGAUCCGGAGAAUAAUGGGAAGAGGAUAUGGACCCCCGCGACGCUGAAGAGUAUGAGUAGUUGGCAGCAGCAGGAUGCGCAGGAGUACUUUUCGAAGGUUCUAGAUGAAAUAGAUAAGGAGGUUGGGCAGGCCGCAAAGGUGACAAGGAGGUUGAAGGGUUUUGAAUCGGAAGGUUCUGAUUCCUCCAGUCCAGAAGUUUCCGAAACUCCUCUUUCGAUAUAUCGAAAUCCACUUGAAGGAUUAAUAGCCCAGCGAGUUGGGUGUACGAAAUGUGGUCACUCAGAGGGGCUGUCCAUGAUUCCAUUUAAUUGCUUAACGGUACCUUUGGGCGGAGCAUAUGCGCAUGACAUAUCCGAGUGUCUAGACGAAUACACCAAACUGGAACAGAUCGAAGGUGUCGAAUGUGGGAAGUGCACACUACUCAAGGUCCAAAGACUGCUCACAUUGCUUAAAGAACGAGCCGAGACCUCUGUAGUUGAGAAAACCCACGCAUACCAACAAACUAGAGAGAGACUAGAAAUGGUCACGGAGGCAUUAGAGGAUGAUGAUUACGAGGAGAAGACGCUCAAAAAGUGUAACAUCUCAAGCAAAAGCCGAGUAUCUUCCACCAAAUCUCGUCAGGCCGUUAUAGCACGACCGCCGAAGUCGCUAGCUGUGCACUUCAAUCGAAGUCUUUUUGACGAACUUACGGGGGAGCUGAGAAAGAAUCACUCAGAAGUUCGUUUCCCGAAAUUUCUUGACCUUGGGCCGUGGUGUUUAGGGAGCUUAGGCACCACUACAGACGAUCUAAUUGAAGAAUGGCUUUUAAAUCCCGACAGACCUAUGGUUGCUAGCAGUAGCCAGCCCUCGAGAUUAUUAGGUCCAAUCUACGAGCUGAGAGCUGUGGUGACCCAUUAUGGACGGCAUGAGAAUGGGCAUUACAUAUGCUACAGGAAGCAUCCUUCAGGGACAGGUGGUGAAGAGACUGAGAAACGGGACCAGUGGUGGAGGAUGAGCGAUGACGACGUGAUGAAGGUCAGCGAGGAAAAUGUGCUUGGACAAGGUGGGGUGUUUAUGUUGUUUUACGAUCAAGUCGAACCCGCGAUUCCGACGCUACCUAAAAUUGCCGCUGUUGAUAUGGCUCCCUCUGUCAAUUCCUGGGUUCCAACCUCAGUUGCGCCUGUUUCGACGGAAGGCGUCAAGGUAGCUGAGCCGGAAGCAUCGGACCCCCAAGUCAAUACAGUUCUCCUAAAUAAUGACGACAAAGCCGUUCUCUCCAGCGUCGUCACAUCUGAACCUGUCAAACUCAUUGAAUCAACACUUCCAGAGCCAACUGUGACUGUCAAAACACCACAUAUAUCCUCGAACGACGUUGUCCUCGCAGCCAACACCCCCCUUCCCGACCAAGACGACUCCGAGCUCUCUUCCUUCUCCGAGGACGAAACCACUACCUCGGAGAGUGCCGCACCAGCAACCAGCGUGUCCGAGUUCACCGACGAAGAAGAUGAGAGGCACGACGAUAAUUACCAUCCCGCAAAGGCAAUCGUAGUGCCUCCCUAUAUUCCCCAAAUGGGCGGGAAGAAGGGCUCUACUGGCAGUCUAAAAGGGUCUACGGGGACUGAAAAUGCCACUCCUAGUCAACAACCAGAAGCAUCUCCGAAGCUGACUGGCGCCGAGUUGAAGAAGCAAAAGCAAGCCGAGAAAGCGGCGCGCAGAGCCCAGGCGGUCCAGGGCAAAGUCACACCUUCAGGACCACCGGCACCAGUCCAAAAAGGCGAGCCAAAACAACAGAAGAGGCGGGGGUCUGUUGCAGUAUCAAGAGACCUGCCGGUCAGACAGCCCGAGUCAAAUGCAGCACCCAAACCCCCACCAGUGGAAGACAAGACAGUUGAGUUCUUUCGGCACCUGUCAAAGCCUCAUAGAAAGACGAUUACUGGGACUCCAAAAGACAUACACCCAGCCGCUCAAAUCCUUGGAAUGCAAUUCAGCACCUAUGAAAUAUGCGGUAGUACAGUGAGGCUACUAGCAACUCUGGAACUUUUCAAAGAACUCGUCCAAUCCUAUACCGUCCCUCCUCGAACCACCUUAAAGCUCCAUUUCACCACCCAUGUCCUCAAUCCCCAUAUCGGCUACCUGAUCUCUUUCCGACCCCUUUCUAUAUCAAUGGGAAAUGCGAUAUCUUGGUUUAAGCGAGAGAUAUCAAAAGUCUCGAUCGAUCUCUCCGAUGCCGAAGCCAAGAAUAUGUUAUGCGACGCCAUAGAUGUGUAUAUACGAGAACGCGUCACAUUCGCGGACCAAGCCAUUGCAGCAAGUACCACGGAAAAAAUUAGGGAUGGGGAUGUGAUUCUUACAUAUGCGAAAAGCAGUAUUGUUCAGCGAUCACUGUUACAGGCGCACGAGGAAGGGAAGAAGUUCCGCGUCAUCGCGGUGGACUCAAGACCGUUGCACGAGGGAAAAAAUCUUGCAGAGACUUUGGCAAAUGCAGGUAUUGAGGUCAAAUACUGCUUGAUCAACGGAUUAAGUCAUAACAUCCAAGAUGCUACGAAGGUAUUGCUGGGAGCUCACGCAAUGAUGAGUAACGGACGACUGUUAUCGAGGAUAGGCACUGCUCUUGUUGCAAUGGAAGCGAACGACGCGGAGAAACCGGUGAUUGUGCUCUGCGAAACGGUUAAAUUUACAGAGCGCGUGGCGCUGGACUCGAUUGUGCUUAAUGAGCUAGCUCCGGCCGACGAGUUGGUUAUUCCCGGGGGUGCACUGGAGGGAUGGAGGGAUGCGAAGAAGCUGCAGUUGUGUAAUCCGAUGUAUGAUGUUACGCCGGCGGAGUAUAUCCAGAUGAUUGUUACGGAGUCAGGAUGUGUUCCGCCAACGUCGGUGCCAGUGUUGCACAGGUUGGUGAAUGAGCCUGAGAUUCAGUAG